GGUACUGGGCACCAGAAACCAAUUGCAUCUCUGGGGGCGGAUUUGUGCGUAAGAAAACAGCAAUCAUGCCUUCAAACACCGCUGCCAGCAUGUUUGGUGGAGCAGGGGGAAGGGGCUCCAGGGUGUCCGUGGCGAGUCUGGAGGGGCUGCGUAAUGUGCUGCGCAACGAGACGGAGAGAGACUCCGCUCCCGCUGUUACACCCUUUAAAGCAACACCUGCCGCUUCCUCCGCUCCGGCUGCGCCUGCCGCCCCCGCGGACGACAAGCAGACAAUGCGGGGUCUGAACGACCGACUGUCCGGCUACCUGGGCAAGGUGAGACAGCUGGAGCAGGAAAACGGAGAUCUGGAGAAACAGAUUGAUGCGAUUUUGGCCAAGAGAAAAACACCUGAAGGGCGCGACUGGGAUGAGAUUGAGAAACCCCUGGAUGACCUGAAGAAGCAGAUCAAAGGCAUCACCAUGGACAACGCCAAGCUGCUGCUCCAGAUUGACAACACCAAACUGGCUAAUGAUGACUUCAAGAACAAGCUGGACGAUGAGACUAAAGGACGGAAGGAGUUAGAAAAAGACCUGGAGGAUCUGAAGAAGACCAUUGAGGAUACCAAGCUGAACAGCAUCCAGACACUGAAGGAGACCGAUCUGGUGAAGAACGAGGUCGCUCGCCUCGAGACGGAACACAAAGAGGAGGUGGAUAUUCUGCUCGAUAAGAUCAAGGAUUCUGAGGUGAAGGUGGAGAUCGAGUCUCAGAACUCCAACCUGGCUGAGAUUGUUUUCAAGAUCCGCAUCCAGUACGACCACCUCGCCCAGAAGAACCUGGAGGACACAGAGCAGUGGUACCAAAGCAAGUUUGACAACAUCAAAGUGAUGGAGGCCCUUAACAACGAGGACUUGCAGAGUGGAAAGUCAGAGCUCAAGGAUCUGCUCAAACAGAAACAAUCUCUGGAAAUUAAGAUCCAGGGUGUGCACAGCAAGAUCAACAACCUGGAGGAGGUCCUCGCGUUCACCAAAGUGGAGAACAACCAACGUCUGGGGCCCCUCAACAAAGGGAUACGGGCGCUGGAGGCCGAGCUGAAGGAGGUGAGGGCAGAGGUGGAGCGCCACGUGGAAAACAACAAGAAUCUGCUGUGUGUGAAGAUGAAGCUGGAGGCGGAGAUGGAUAACUACCAGCGACUGAUUCACGGCAUAGCGGCCGACGCUGAAAGCUUGGAGUUUUCUUUAGAAGAUGGGCUGCAAAGUGGCCAGCAAAAGCCUGACGAGGCGCCCAAACUGCAGAAAAAGGUGAAAGAAGAGGCAAUUAAAAUGGCCGAAGCCUGAUCUUAAAUAAAGAAUCUUUUCCUGUCAAACUGUUUCCAACUGUGAAGCUAGUACAAGUUCU